CGAUUCCAUCCGGGUCUGUGACGUAGCACAGACCCGAACCUUACGGUUCACGCAGAGCUGAAAAUCCUUGUUUGUCGCCGGAGGAGAACAGGGUCUCACCAUGUCCACGGCUUCGAAAAUGGUCCUGGGUGUAUCGGUUGGUCUCACCCUAGCUACCGUGAUUGGCGUGCAUGUCAAACAGAACUGGGAGAGAGCGAGACUUCGCGAGGGAGUCGUCCGAGACUUGGAGAGGCUGGAGCGAAAGAAAGCAAACCUGCGGCAGCUAGAGGAGCAGAUCGUCCUUACCAAGCGGUUGGAGGCAGAGCGUGAUCAAGGAGCAGCCGCAUCGCAGGGACCCUAGAUGUGGAUACCUGAGUGCUGGUGGGGGCUAGGGCGGCCUCAUCGUCUGCGUAACUGCAUAAACGUGCUGAAUGGAUUUUAGCCACAAACUGCUUCAUACAAAGUGGAUUAUGUUCCAUGAGAUGAGCAGGUUUCCGUACUUCGUAUUGUAUGUUUUUGUGCUGUGAGGAUAUUGGAGAGUAUCCCAUCUUUCAUGGUGUUUGGUCUCCAGGCUGUAGUAGCAACCAACUGGUCGUUGAACUGCACGUGAGGCCAGAUGGCGAUUUUCAUUUUGGCCUCCAGGGGGCGCAAGGGCCAUGAAUGUGACGCAAAAGCAGGCCCGCGAAAGCCGGCAUUAGUCUGCUAUGAAGACCACAGAUUUUCAGUGUAAUGAAGAACUAAUUCCAUCAUGUUGUUCCUCACAGGAACCCUGAUGUGGACAGUAACACACAAUUAAACUUUUUGUGCUUUUCUUCUGACAUACUGUUGAUUUUCAUUUAAAUUAGAAAGUUCAGCUAAAGUUUAACCACUGUCAAUCAUUAUGAUGAAGUUGUGGCAGUUUUAUGACUCAAGAGUUUUAUAUAAUGCCUUAAGUAUCAGUUUACUGGUCCACAGGUUCAGGCAUUAUCUCAACAUUUUGGGUCUUCUGUCAGUUUUGAAACAACCUUACGAAAUAUUUAAAGCAGUAAUUGCUUCAUAAGCAUCAUCUCUAAUAAGCUCAUGAUAUCUGUGCAUAAUCAUCCCUAU